GUUGUCUGCUGCAGCAGUCAGUACAUGCUGGCACAGAACGGGCUACAGAGGCACUACGCGUGCUCACACUGACCAACUGAUACCGCGCCACUUGAAGUUCGGAACUUUCGGUCACGAACCACAUCCUGGCGUCUUCUAUUUCCCCCCAUGAAGGAAUCACGCAUGCACUUGGAUGAAACUAGGAAAUAAGAUAAUGCAGCUGAUGAGGAAUAUUUGAUUAGAUGUCUAAUUCACUGUCAAAACAGUGAAAUACAGUAGGCUCCGACGCUGAACCCAAAGUUUUCAUGAUCUAAUAUUUAGUCGUUGAGCAUUGCUAUGAAUACUGUGAGCCUACAUUUAGUCUUGAUGUUAGUUUCUGCCGCGGUGUGAACUUCACCAACCUUCCUCAGCUCUCCGCCGGGUCAUGCGACGGGUUUCUUCCAGUACAGCCGUCUGUCAGCGCUUUCCAGCGGGGACUGGAUGUGAGGAGGGUCUGGGGAGAGGAAAGACGCUUCGCUUGGAAUCUAAAGGCACUUUGUGACCAGAUUUCUUCUCUUGGAUAGUCUCCUGCUCGGCGCGGUGCUGGGCAGCCUGUGGAUGGUACAGCAAUGACAUUAGGAGAAAAACUCUGCCUCGUUUUCCUCUUUCUGCAGAUUGUCUUCACUCCUUCCAGCCACGGCAAUCAAGUGGUACUGCUGGACACCACGUCUGUUUUGGGAGAGCUGGGAUGGAAGACCUAUCCCAUGAAUGGGUGGGAUGCUAUAACAGAGAUGGAUGAACACAACCGUCCCAUCCAUACCUUCCAGGUGUGUCACGUGAUGGAACCCAACCAGAACAACUGGCUACGCUCCAACUGGAUCUUCCGCCAGGCCGCACAGAAGGUGUAUGUGGAGCUACGGUUCACUCUGAGAGACUGUAACUCCAUCCCCUGGGUGUCUGGGACCUGCAAGGAGACCUUCAACCUUUUCUACUAUGAGACAGACGAGUCACACGGGGUCAUGUUCAAACCCUCUCAGUACACCAAGAUCGACACCAUCGCUGCAGACGAGAGCUUCACUCAGAUGGAUCUGGGAGACCGCAUUCUGAAGCUCAACACAGAGGUACGGGAAGUGGGUCCUAUCUCCAGGAAGGGUUUGUACCUGGCGUUUCAGGACAUUGGGGCGUGCAUCGCCCUGGUCUCAGUCAGGGUGUACUAUAAGAAGUGUCCCUUCACCCUGAGGAACCUGGCCUCCUUCCCUGACACCGUGCCCCGGGUCGACUCCUCCUCCCUGGUGGAGGUCAGGGGGGCGUGUGUGGAGCAUGCCGAGGAGAGGGACACGCCCAAACUGUACUGCGGCGCUGAUGGUGAUUGGCUGGUGCCUCUGGGGAAGUGUGUCUGUAGCGUGGGCUACGAGGAGAUGGACGGGGCGUGUUUUGGUGAGUGA